UGUCGCGAUUCAAGAGACGGAGCGAUGCAGCCUCUGAUCAGCAAUUAUUUUACGCAUGAGCCCGAAAUUUAUAUGUUGGAAGUCGUGGGACAAGACUACCAAAAAGCUAUGACCAAGAUCAGCAAACAAACAGCCUCGAGACACACCGCCGAGUCGAGCCUCUCUGAGUUACUUCAUGCUGACAGCGACAAUGUUAACAUUUUGAUUGGUAGCUAUGAGAAUCACCCAGUUGCUAACUCCGAAAAUAACCCUGAAGAAACUGUUUACUGUGAAGACAGUAAAAAUGUUGGACCCUCGCUUAGUUUGCAGGGACAAACCGUUCGAUGGAUUGACGACGUGGAUAGAGAAAACUGUAAUCCUGUGGAGGUCAUUGUGGCUUUCGAGACCACGGACCCACGAAUGCAAACGAAGCACUUGGAUUUGCACAACAACGGGACUACAUUGAUUUACUACGAGUGGACAAGAGUGCCUGAGGUGGAUUCAUUCCAUAUUGACCACUCAGAACUGAGGAGGUUCUAUUUCGACUUUCGGCCAAAGGUUAUUAAACCGGGAGAAAAAUUGCGCAUCCCAAUCACCUUCCGAUCAACAAGAGAGGGAAUAUUCAAGGAAUCAUGGCGUUUGCAAUCACAGCCCAUAUUGAACGCCGCAUCACCAGUCCAGGUACGCCUACACGGAAUAUCCGUAUGGGCAGAACACUAUCAAUUCGUCAGCCUACGGAAAAUGUCACCAAUUACUGAGAUCGAGAAGGAAGCGGCGUAUCGAAUCGCAUACAACAUUCUAAAUCAUCUUGUAAGUCAGCUGCGCCAUCCAGAGCCAACUGUGAAGCCAAUCGACUUCUCGAAGACGGAGGAAUGUGCGUUCAGAAAACAGAAUCCCGAAAUGCACUAUCAUCACAAUAUAAUACGGAAGUUGACGAAUAUGUACAGCGAACUACGUGCGUAUCUGCGUGAACAAACUGAUGAUUUAACCUCGUUCGACGCAAUGUUCCAUGAACAAUGGGACUUCUGCUUGCCCACAUUGCGAAAACUGGUCUAUAUGGCCGAGUCGGUUCGCGGCAGCUCGUUCACACCCAACAAACGGACUGAUGUAGCCAAGUUGUUCGAACACGUCGACACCUUGUCGUUCCUACAAGUUCAAGCUCGCCCCAGCCAUCGUACACACAAGUACCAAAUAUGCUAUCACCAUCUGAUUAAUACCGUACUUCUCUGCUUCGAGGAAUGUAGCUUACUUCGAAAUCUCCAUGGACUACCAGCGGUACUCCUUUCAACCAAACUAAAAGGAAAGGGAUCGGCUUCUUCCACAUCGUCUACGAUGUCUCAAGCCCGAACUUCGGAAAUUAAUAUCAAAUCUGCGGAAAAAGUUGAGGAGGACACUUCCGCAAAUCUGCUUGGCGAAAGUGAGCAGAGCCCAGACGCGGUGGAAAACCUCAAGAUUACACCCAAUCCAGAUGCCUGGCGCAGUAAAGUUACUGGAUUGAUCUAUCGCCAAUUAGCCUGCAUGUUCGAUAAUAUGACAGCCUGCUUCACUGGAGCAGAGAUGUUAGAAACAAUGGGAUAAAAACGGAAGUAUAUCCUGCACCAUAAUAAAGCUGUAUCUUUCCUAAGCAACCAAUGGCGGGUUUAUUUUGCAAGAUUUUAAGCGGCUUCUAUUACGGAGCUAAUAUAAUUUCUGUAAUCUGCAUUUCAGUUGGGGUACCAUUAAAAUACUGCGU